AAAAAAGUAAAAAAAAAUACUGAUUCAUAAAUAGCUUCACAUUCCUCCAUUCCAAACACCAUCAUCUUCUCUCAAAGCAAAAAAGAAAUAUCAGCCUUUCUUUUUCUUACAAAAAGCUCUCAAUUUUUCUUCAAGAAAACAUAUACCAAAAUGGCCAUCGCAAAAUCAAACAAGCUCCCACAAGUUGUACUUUUGAAGCAAAUUUUGAAAAAGUGUUCUAGUUUGGUUAAGAAGCACGGCUACGCUGACGAAGUCCACCUUCCAGUCGACGUACCAAAAGGACAUUUUGCAGUUUAUGUUGGAAAGAACAGAACUCGAUACAUCGUACCUAUUUCUUUCUUGAGUCAUCCUGAGUUUCAAUGCCUUCUUCGUUGCUCUGAGGAAGAAUUUGGCUUUGGUCACAACAUGGGCAUCACCAUUCCAUGUGAAGAAUUCAUUUUCCAAUCACUCACUUCCAUGCUGAGAUAGUAAAGUAUUAUUUGACUAGAAUAAAAAGUGUGAAUAGUAGGUUUAAGGGUUAAUUUUAGAGUAUUGAAGAAAGAUGUGUUCAAGAUGAAGCAAUUUAAUGUUUUUUUUGCUUCUCUUUUUUCAAACAUCUUUCUUCACUUCUUUUAUUUCUUUUUGUGGCCUUCCUCUAACCCUGACCUAGGAAUCACAUGGAUAUUAGUUGUGUCUUUUUAUGGGUUGGUUGGAAAUUUUUUCCUUGCAGUGGUGUUGUUAAGCACCCUGUGAGAGAAGUGAAUGUAUCUCAAUCUACUAAUUAAUUAUUUGAUUGUCAUUUUCAAUUCAA